AUGGUUCCCAUCCUGCUCAUCAUUUCAAUCUGCUUACCAGUAUUGUCCCUUGCAGUCUUCGUGUACUACAAGAAAUCUGAUUAUGCUUCGAAUCCCAACCUUCCACCUGGUAAGAUGGGGUUGCCGUUGAUCGGUGAAAGCAUCGAGUACCUCUUAACAGGUCGAAGGGGUCAUCCCGAGAAGUUCUUAAACGAUAGAAUGGCCAAAUACUCUUCCCAACUCUUCAAAACUUCGAUAUUCGGAGAACCGAUGGCUGUCGUUUGCGGUGCUGCUGGUAACAAAUUCUUAUUCUCCAACGAAAACAAGCUUGUCCAGUCGUGGUGGCCGGAUUCAGUCAACAAGAUUUUCCCUUCUUCGACGCAAACGAGUUCGAAAGAAGAAUCGAUAAAGAUGAGGAAAAUGCUGCCUAAUUUCCUCAAACCCGACGCAUUGCAAAGAUACAUAGGGAUGAUGGAUAUGAUUGCUCAAAGACACUUUGAAUCCAGUUGGGAUGGCAAAAGAGAAAUAACAGUUUUCCCGCUAGCAAAAAGAUUCACCUUUUGGGUAGCUUGCAAAGUGUUUUUAAGCAUAGAAGAUCCAGACCAUGUUGCUAAAUUUGCUGACCCUUUCAAUGCUAUGGCCGCCGGAAUCAUUUCCGUCCCCAUAAACUUGCCCGGAACGCCUUUCCGUCGAGCUAUCAAUGCUGCGGAAACGAUCAGGAAGGAGUUGAUGGCGAUCAUCAAGGAGAGAAAAAUUGAUCUUGCGGACAAAAAAGCAACCCCAAAUCAAGAUAUUUUGUCUCACAUGUUGCUUGCCACCGAUGAGAAUGGGCAGUAUUUGAAUGAACUGAACAUUGCUGAUAGGAUACUGGGUUUGUUGAUCGGCGGUCACGAUACUGCCAGUGCCGCCAUUACUUUCGUCGUCAAGUAUCUUGCUGAGCUUCCUAAUAUCUACAAUGAGGUUUAUAAAGAACAAAUAGAGAUUGCAAGAACAAAAAAGGAAGGGGAACUACUAAACUGGGAAGACCUUCAGAAGAUGAAAUAUUCAUGGAACGUAGCCUGUGAAGUGAUGAGGGUGGCGCCGCCACUUCAGGGUGCUUUUAGAGAGGCCAUCACUGACUUCACUUUCGCUGGUUUCUCCAUUCCCAAAGGCUGGAAGUUGCAUUGGAAUGUGAAUUCUACCCACACAAACCCCGAGUGUUUCCCUGAGCCAGAGAAGUUCGACCCCGGAAGAUUCGAAGACAAGGGACCAGCUCCUUACACGUUCGUUCCGUUCGGAGGAGGUCCGAGAAUGUGUCCCGGCAAAGAGUAUGCUCGUCUCGAAAUACUGGUGUUCAUGCAUAAUGUAAUCAAAAGGUUUAAGUGGGAGAAGGUUAUUUCCAAUGAGAAAAUGAUUGUGGAUCCAUUGCCAAUGCCAGCUAAAGGACUCCCCAUUCGUCUCCUUCCUCAUUAAUCCUCCACAUU